ACUUGCCCUGUAUUUGUUGUGUUGGUCAUGUGUUCCGUUAUCAAGCAAAGGGCUAGCAGCAGCUUUUGAUAUCCCUUUCCGUCUACUCCCAAACCUGGCAUCUCUACUACCCUCCCCAACUCAAUGACGCUUAACGAUGGCCCGCCCUUCGGCCCUGUGGUCAACGGGACCAUGGUGGUGGUCUUUUGGGAAUACCGACCCAGCAACGUUGCCGCGCACCUCUUUCUCGCCUUGUUCGCCUUGGCCACCCUCGCGCACCUCGUCUACUUUGUCUGGCUCCGGGCGUGGGGAUGCAUUCCCCUCAUCCUCGGUGGCAUCUGCCUCGUCUUCGGCUACCUCGAACGCAGUUACGCCCACUCCGACCCCACAAAGCUCGACCCCUGGCUGCUGCAGAACAUGCUCCUCCUCGUCGCCCCUCCCCUCCUCGCCGCCUCCCUAUACAUGUCCUACGGCCGCAUCUCCACGGCGCUCCUCGAGGGCACCUCCAAACCCAACCACGGGCGCCGUAACAACCGCGGCUGCUGCGCCCGAUGCUGUUACUCCUGGUACCGCCCCAUCAUCAUCUAUUUCCCCGACCCCCCGUCACUAACCGCCCAUUGCCAACCAACCAACAGCUUCUGCACCUGCUCCCCGACGCGGCUCUACGUCCUCGCCGACGUGGCCGCAAUCUUCACCCAGCUCAUCGGCACCGUCCUCCCCGCAAGCGGCACCGAGUCGGCGCAACGCCUGAGCAAGAUCAUUGUCCUAAUCGGCCUGUGCGUCCAGCUCCUCGCGCUGGGUAUCUUCCUCUUCACCUGCGGCCGCCUACACGUGCGCCUGCACCGCAACCCGACCAGGUCACGGGCAAUGCUGAUGGACCCUGGGGUGAGAUGGCUGUGGUAUUUUGGUGUGAUGGAGGUGGCGGGGGCUAUGUUGGUUGUCAGGAGUGUGGUGCGCGGGGCCGAGUAUUUGGGGGGAACGGACGGGGUGGUGGCAAGUCAUGAGUGGUUUGUCUAUGUGUUUGAUGGGGUGCCGAUGGGGGUGGUGAUGGCGGGGUUUUUGGUCUUGUAUCCGGAGAGGGUGGUGAGGGAGGUGAAGCGGCAGGAGGGAAUUUUGAAGGGGGCGGGCAUGGGAGAGGAGUUGAGAGGCGGGGUGAAGGGGGAGUCGUAUCCUGGGGGCGAUGUUUACGUUGGGGGUAGGUGUCACUAG